AUGGCUGUUGCGUUAAUAUUGGGUUGGUUCGGCGGCCGAGAAUUCUCAUCGUCAUCGCAAGAUGGCCUCCUCCGGUCCGAAGAGGCAUGGAAUGCAUUGAUGCCGAUUGGCCGAGGCUUCGUUCAUCACCCUCAUCUCGCGCCAUUUAUCUCCGGGAUUGCCGUCUUUCAUCAACUCCAUUGCUUGGUUCGUAUUCUUCUGAUCGAUUACCCAUCUCAAGAAAGCAUCGUGACGGUUAAUAUCAUUCAUGGAACGCAGCAUGCAAUCGUGGUUUCAUAUUAUCACGCUGUUGAAGACGCCGAAAUUGCUGAAGGGAAAACGCCUCCUGAUAGCUAUCUCAACCGCACGGGCACCCGUAUGGCGCCAUCACACAUCCGGCAUUGCUUUGAUUACCUGCGACAGACCAUUAUAUGCGCCGCAGACACCAACAUGGAGGCCCUGGACUUCAAUACGCACACUACAAGUGGCUGGAACCAGCCGAAACAAUGCCGUGACUACGCAAGUGUGUUCGCGUGGGCGGAAAAAUGGGCUAAUUCGACUGACACUGGGAUAUUAACGUGA